AUGCAAUACAAAAUUACAAUACAGGGAAUGCACUGUGCUGGGUGUGCUGUCUCAGUGGAAAAAUCACUUGGUAACAUAGAGAGUAGUAGCGAAGCACAUGUAAACUUACUAAACGGAACAGCAGUACUUCAUAGCACAGAAAGUAUUGCGUUGCAAUCCAUAAAAGAUGCAGUAAAAGCAGUGGGAUACAGCGCAACAAACAUCGAAACAAUAAGCGGUGCCACCACAGAAACUCCUAAUUCGCAAGAAAUCGCAUCAGUACAACACACUCCAUCUUCUCACACAAAAGCACACACGCGCCUUAUAUUACGCUUGGUUUUUGCAUGGGCUGGUUUUAUAGCACUUAUGCUGCUUAUGUUCACACAUCAACAGCUCGCCCUCCCUCCAUUUACAGCUGAACUACUUACGCUUCUUAUAUCACUCACUCUGAGUAUAGGUAUUGGGAAAGAAAUCUUUCUGUCUGCAUGGAAUAGCUUAAAGAAAGGGUAUAGUAAUAUGGACACUCUUACCAGUCUAGGAGUAAGUAUGGCGCUUCUUACUGGUGUUCUCUCUUUACUUAGAUACAACUACCCAAGCAUUACUAUACAAAACUUUUCUGCAUUAGCAGGGAUGAUACUUACACUUGCAAUUACAGGGCAAUCGAUAGAAAACUUGUUGAAAAAAAAAUCUAUUGGUGCACAGCAAGCUUUACUAAAACUUAUACCUCAGUUUUGUACUGUAAUAACAGAAAGCGGUGAAGAACGUGAGGUGGAAACGAAGAAUGUUCGAUUAGGCGAUAUGGUACUUGUAAAACCCGCUUCGCACAUACCCUGCGAUGGGGUAAUUGUCCAAGGGGCUAGCACGGUAGACGAAUCGCUGCUUACAGGAGAAAACCUCCCAAUAGACAAAGGUGUGGGUGACAAACUUAUUGGGGGGACAUUAAAUUUUCAAGGGCAGGUUGUUCUUAAGCUUAUCCAUAGACCCAGCGAGGGUAUUCUUCAAGAAAUUAUACAGGCUGUAGAACGAGCACAAAACACUAAACCGAAAAUACAAAUUAUGGUGGAUAAG